GUGACAUUUUUGCAAUCUUGCUUACUUCUAAGUAUACUGUUGUCAGUCUGGUGAUUGGUCUAUGAACCUGCAGACUAGCUAGCAACAUAGCGUGUGUGUAUCAUAGUAUACUGUUGUACUUGUAGUCAACACAUUACUACCUGUGCUGGUCUGGCUGGAGGUGAAUGAUCUGACCUGAUACUCUGGUCCCUGCAUCAUACGGUGUCUCACUCUUAGCAUUGGAUUCUCAGCAUUGGAUUCUCAGCAUUGGAUUUUUAUAACUCCGGCCUCAUACAGAUACUGUGUAUGCUAGUGUGCGUGAGGACUAGCGGCAGAGAUCCAUCCCUAUAGCUAGCCGGGAUUCAGCGUGUUCAGUAAGAGUGCCUGACAGUGAUUAUGGGAUUGGUAUGGUGACUGCACCUGUGGCUGAAUUUCAAUCUCAUCCCGGCGUGAUAAUAAUGAUAUUGGUCUGGAGGUAGUGUGCUCUACACUGGUUGUCGCAUAUCACUUUGAGUCUUACAAUGGCGGACAACCGCAGCCCGUCUUUAGGCCAUGGUACUGCUAACCCGGAGCGCAACACAAUGGACAUCAUCACCAACCCUGAGCACCCAGCACCAGGUGAUCUAGAUCAGCAUGAUCACUGCACUAGCUCACACUCUGGCGCAGCAGCAGCAGCAGCAGCAGCAGCAACACCAGAACCACUCCAUGACCUCGCAGCCUCCAUGAACACCAGCAGUGCCAGGAUCAGCGGUGACCUGACGAACACCACCAACAGCAUCGUAAACAUCACUACUCCAUGUAGAGACCAGAAUUCAUUGGGCCAACGCAAUCCUGAGGGAGUACUCACCAUUGUUCACACUGCGGUGGGAUUGGACAAACUCUCUAGCAGUGCGGGUGCGUCUCAUUCCAUAGCCGCCAGCCAAGAAGAACAUGCUGCACUACCGGUGCGGCACCGCAGGCUUUCAUCCAGUCCUCGGGAUCAGCACUCAACCUCACGUGUCGCCGAUCAAGUUGAACUUGGCAUGGCGCAGGACUGUGAGCCUCUCUGUUCAUCUUCUCAUCCUCCUGGAGAGUCUAGUAGAGAUGAUCCCAAGCAGCCAGCCGAAUACCAAUCCACCAUCGGGCCUGAGGACGACGUAGACGACACGGAUGGAGGAGAUAGAGGCGUGGAUGCAUGCAGCACUCGCGCAUACCACCCCACUGUUGUGCCUGAAGACGAGGUAAAAGGCACGGAUGGAGGGGACGGCGCCGGGGAUGUAAGCAGUACCAGCAGACACCAACCCACCAUUGUGCCUGAUGGAGGAGCCGGUGGUGGUGGUGGGGAUGCAAGCAGCAUGGCCAGUGCAUAUCCAACCGCUGCUGUAGCAUUUCUUAUGAUCAGCACAGUGUUUCAGAGCUUUGCUGGUAGCGGAUUGCAAGCCGUGCUGGAGCUCUACUUCUCAACAUUCCUAUUCCCCCACACGGUGCACGGUCUGAGCAAGAAACGCCGCAACAAGCUCAGCACAACCUCCAUGAACCUCUGGGUCGGGCUACAGCAGGUUGUAGCGCUGUCUGCUGGAUACCUGGCUGAUAAGAAAUGGGGUAACUACAGAACGCAGAUAGUGAGUAACAGCAUAGCUGCACUGGGUAGUGCUAUGCUGAUAGUGGCCACGUGGCAUCUCGGUACACUGGACACUGUAUCAAGCGGAGCUGGGGGAGAUGAUGGCCUCGACUAUGCCAGUAUACUUACAGCAGUAGCUUCUCAGAAUACGUCGUCGGGUGAUAAGAAUGCCCGCUGGAGAGAUAUUGAUAUGGCGGCGUCCUUCCUUGGACUCGCGUUGAUUGCUGUAGGGUACGGACAAGCUCAGACAAUCCAGAGUGUUUUCGUUGGAAACCAGUUCUCAGCUGAGCAGAAAGAAGCCAAGAGGAAGUCGUUCUCCUGGUACUAUCUAUUCUGCAACGUCGGCAGUCUCGGUGGAGAGCUGGGUGGGCCGGUUCUCAGGCAGAGUGUUCACUUUCUUAUCUGCAUCAGCACUAUCGCAGGUUCAUUCAUCAUAUCCACUGUAGUGUUCAUCACCGGUCACCGUACGUACAAACGCACCGACAUCACGUCACAUGACCCGGCACCGGAGACCCAGGCCUCGUUCCGAGAAACCGGGGUGCAGAUGGGCAACGGGUCGGGGCCGAGCGACCCCGACCUGGGGAAGGGCCGCUCGGCCGGGGAAACAUCACCCCUGUUGGGUGUGAGAGGAGAAAGCAGUUCAGAACAUGACACUGGUACUCAGACAGCACCACAACAGCGUACAUGGAGGGAGACUCUGAGCGAGAUCAAGCCCGUCCUCGGAGUGUUCGUGCCUCUCAUCGUCUACUGGUCGUUGUUCUUUCAGCAGAACUCCACCUGGGUGCUGCAGGGACAGGAGAUGAACUGCUACCUCGGCAAGCUGAAGAUACCACCAGAUGCCAUGCCAAGCUUCAACGACUGUCUGGUGAUCUUGAUAAUACCACUUCUGGACUAUAUCGUGUAUCCUCAUCUCAAGGAGAAGCUGGGCUUUGUUGCCACGCCGAUACGACGAAUCGGUCUAGGCAUACUAUGCACAAUCUUCAGCUUCAUACUGGCCGGUCUGCUGCAGCUCUACAUCAGCCACACGGCCGAGCAGCGGGGCAACGAUGACAGCACCGAUUGCCAUGGCAACGUCAGCAUAGCAUGGCAAAUGCCGCAGUAUGUGUUGAUAUCGUUUGCCGAGGUGCUGGUAGCGGUGACGGGACUGGAGUUUGCGUAUUCGCAAGCGCCGGACAGACUACGGAAUGUUGUGACAUCUCUCUGGUUCCUGUCUCAAGCGUUCGGCACACUGCUGGUGGCUGUCCUGGCCGAAGUACCCAUACCGAUACGCUACCAGUACUUUGUCUACACGGCUCUCAUGUGUAUCCUAUUCUCCGUGUACGUGUGGAUAAACAAGAACUUCCGCUACAGGCAAGGAACACAGGAUUGCUGAGAUCCGGCACAUGUGCUAGUACCCAGGUUAUUGUGGACAUUGAAAUCCGUUGAGAAAUCCAGCGGUCACACGGUGCUGACCUUGCAGCCGCAAGCAAUGCUGCUCCAUUCUUGCAGUGUGUACGUGAACUACAGCCCAUGUACGCGCUAAGGCAGUAAGGGUGCGGGGGUAAGUGUGCAGUUUACAUCGACAGGUGCUUGCAGUAGAACCGGACGAGGAGCAAACACACUACACUGGGCUGCAGGCCCGCCGCCAGUUCAUCACCAGACCAACUAACUUACUUGUUGGCUGCCAACGUAUACAUUUUUUUUUUUUUUUACUAAGGCCACAGCUUCCAAACGUGACAUGCAAAGCAACGGUGCAGCAUGUAUGCACGCAGCCGGAACCGGUCCGGUUGGUCAGGUCAUCACCGGACCGACAUAUCGCCCAUCAACGCAUGUGUACUGCUGAGCAGGUUAUGUGUAUGUGUAACCACUAUGCUAUACACAUAAACUGUGUGAAAGGCUAUGGCAUGGCCGGACAAAUCGAAAACUACUUCUGACCAGAUCAGUAUACCACUUGCAAGCACUUCUGAGGUGUACACUUGUAAACACAAUGGUUUUAUGGUAUAUUCAUAAUGGUAGCUGGGUUAUCAUUAUUACGUGUCAUACAUUGCU